AUGGCAGAUAACGACAAUAAUUAUAAUAAUAAUAUAAAUAUGGACAGACUAAGUGAGAUAUUCAAGAGUACUUUAAGUUUAAUGAAAAAUACAGUGCAUGGUUUAGCUCAAAGAAAUGAAACGAUUUAUAAUUUAUUAUAUAUGAGCGAUAGUAUGCAAAACAAAAAUGACAACUACAAUGAGAUGCUAUCCAAUGAAAUGACCUUUAACAAAAAUAUGAUAAUAAAAUGGGUAAUAAUAGCUAUAAUUCUGUAUUUGAUAUUUAUGCUAUUCUCAUAUGUAUUCGUCAAUUACGUUUUGUUUUACGCAGUCAUAUUUUUUGUUUGUGUUCUUAUUAUUAAAUAUUUUGUCUAUCAUUUUAAUAAUAACGAAAUUGAAGUUUUAGAAAAUUAUCAAAGUUUUGAAGCCAACACAAUCUAA